UGGUAGUAUCUUGAGAAUUGGAGAGGUUUCUCAAACUGGUCACUGUACAAGGUCUCGAGAGAUGGUGGAAAAACCACAGAAGAUGGCGGAAAGCUGGUCAUUCGUGGAUACUGCUGAGUCUAACUUCAGGCCUCUGGUAGUAAUUGAACUUGCAAAAGGCACCAAAGAAGAAACCAUAGAAUGGUUCACGAAACGAAUUGUAGACAAAAAAGCAGAUGGAGGUGCUCAACUGCUGAUUAAACCAUUGGUCACGGAAAACGGACAUGAAAAUAUUUAUCUAGUUGGAGCGUCCCACUUAAGGCUGUUGCUGGGAGCUGAAGCUGUGGGUUUGGUGAAGGAAUGUAGUGAUAACUCAAUGAGGACUUUUACAUACAGCAGUAGAAAAACUUUCAAAGAUUUUGCAGAUGACAAUCACAAUUUCCUUACAAUGGCUGAAUGUCAGUACAUCAUCAAACACGAACUUGAUAAUUUGAGAGCUAAAAAUGAAAAAAUGAUCCCUGGAUAUCCUCAGGCCAAGCUGUACCCAGGAAAAUCAAUUGUGAGAAGAUUAUUGACCAGUGGUAUCCUAGUUCAGAUUUUCCCACUGCAUGAUAGAGAAGAGUUGAAAAAGCUCCGGCACAGCUGGUAUGGCCGAGUGAGGGUUGGCUAUCAACCUUUAG